CAGUCACAGAUCUGACUGUUCUCACAAUGCAUAUACUGCAGAUCAGUGCUGUGGUUAGUGCUUUCAUCAGCCUUCUUCUCACUCUCAUUGCCCUGGGCUCAGACCACUGGGUCCUAAUUGGCAAUUUGAACCGUGGCCUCUGGAAAUUUUGUCGUCCUUCUGCUUCGAGCUAUAUUUGUGUUACAUAUUCGAUGGAUCUAGAACCAGAUUCGUACCAUGCUACCCGAGCCUUCCUGUUCUUCGGGAUGAUUGCUGGAGCCAUCUCUUGCAUUGGUCUUUGUUGCACUUUCUUUCCCUUCCAACUUGGCUCCAUCUCCAAGACUAAGAGCUCAGCUAUAGCCAGCCUCAUUGCAGCUGGUUGCGUCCUGAUUGCCAUGGCCACCUUCACAGGGUGUUUGACACCACAGAGCAGUUCUGAAUGGUCUUAUGGAUGGUCCUUUGGCUUGGGCUGGGCCAACAUUCCUCUCUUCCUUAUAACUGGUGGGCUGACUUUCGCCUUGGAUAGGGCUGUGUCAACAGGAGCAUGAAGAAAAGGCUGUGCUUCCACUUCAGAUGACACCUGGGGCACACAGACCCAGCCUGCACUGGGGCGAGUUGGAGCUGGGGGGAAUUGAAUAUAAUGUAGGGCUGUCAUAUUUGAAAAAGUGAACACCCGGACACAAAAAUUGUUGA